AGAGCGUAAAGAGUUCUUUUUAUUUUUGAGAAUAAUCACAUCGUUAAGAUUUUUCAAUUUUAUUUCCUUUAGUCAUUACGAUUGUGAUACAGAUUUGAAAUGUGCUAAUUUAUGAACUUUAACAAAUUAACUUUGAACGAUGAAAUUAUCAGCAUGUAUGAUAGAGUCCAACCAUGGUGAGAAAUUGAGCUGCGUUUUUAUUAUACUACUGACUACUUUACUUUAUUAACUUUAUUAUUUACUCAAGUGUCUCAAGUCUUUACUGAUUACUGUUACUUCACUUAAUUUAAAAUUUAAGUCUUUAAUAAAGUAUAAUCUUUAACUUAACUUGUCUGACACUGAUUAAUGAUUAACUUAACAAACAACUGAGCUUAUAAUUAUAAAUUAUAACUUAAAAUUUUAGUUAAAAUUUAUUACUUAAGCGUCGCUUAAACUACCUAACCCAAUACCCUUCUACUAAGUGAAAGUGACUCUAGUCUUAAACUUAAAUAAGGGACCUCGAUAUGAUCCAGGAAAUGGCGAAAACCGGGUAUCGUGAAUUCGUUAUCAAAAUGGCAACCUCCACUUUUUAAUUUACCGAGGGUAGUGUUGUUUAGGAUUAUUUUUGCUCAAGUUAGUUUUUUAAUAAAUUCUACUUCUGCCCUCAACUUAAAGCAGACAUUAUUCUUGUUCAUUUGACAUUUUCUUUUUAGAAAAAUUUGAUGGUUUGACUUUGAAAAUUAAUGAUAAUAGCUAAUUAGAAUCAUUCAUAAUUUUUUUGUUGAAAAUAUAAGUUUAAAAAAAGAAAAUGCCAAUGUUAGAUGAAGGCAUAAUUUCAACAUAUCAAAAAUUUGUGAGGUUAGGACCAGUGCAUAGGUGAGAAAUUUUUGCACACAAUUUUUGUCACAUGUGUUCCAAAAUUACCUAUUAUGGAUAAUGAAAGUUUUUGUAGUAAGUAGCUUGAUUUACACUGGAAAUCAAGCAUAUUAUCCUCUAAUAAUAUUUUAAAACAAAGCAACAAUUUAAUAGCACGAAUUCCUUUUAUCUGAUGCUUUUAUUUUGGGGAAGUGGGAUAAAUAGCCCUUUCCUUAUUGUAUUAUGACAACUAAUAGUAUAAAUAAAUAUAAAUAUAUAUAUAUUAUGGCAUCCUUCUGUCUACGUGAGACGAUGGAGUAGCUAUAUAGUUUUACACUUUGACGAGUGGCUCACUAGGCCAAUCCUUGAAUGGCUAUCACGGCUGCAUCUCACGCAGGAGAAUAUUGAAUCUCGGUAAAUUCUUGAUUGACGAAUUGUUCUUUUUGAUUCGAGGGCCUCUUUUCGAGUAACUUCUGCCUUUUUCAUUCCUCCAAACACUGCUUUACGCAUGUUGGAGUGAUGUUCGGCAAUGAAAUCCCAUUAGUUUGUUUCAAUAUUGGAUUCCCUCAUGCUUCGUUUGCAAACGUCAAUAAAUCUCAGGCGCGGUCAUCCAAUAUGUCUUGUCCCCUCUGCCAACUCUCCAUACAGCAGAAUCUUUGGGAUACGUCCUUGCUCCAUUCUCCGUACAUGACCUAACCAGAGAAGGCGUCUCAUGAUAAGAAAAGAGAAUAUGCUAAACAUGUGUGCAUGUUCAAAGACCUCCAUGUUAGGCACCCUGUCCUGCCAACGAAUGCGCAAAAUGCAACGCAGACAUCUUUGAUGGAAGCUGUUGGGUUUCCGCGCCUGACUGGUAUAUGUGGUCCACACUUCGCUACCAUAUAGGAGCGUGCUAAGCACGCAUGCCUGAUAUACACUUAUUUUUGUUUUAUCAGUUAGAUUGGGAUUAUUCCACACCCGCUUAUUCAGUUUAGCCAUAGUUGCUGCUGUUUUUCCAAUCCUGAUAUUGAUCUCUUCAUCAACGGAGAGAGAACUAGAAAUUUAUAUAUAUCCAUCCUAUAAGCCUAGUAUAGUAUAGCAUAUUGCCUAUAGUAGCCUAUAGGUCUAGUACCAUCCCAACUUAUUAUUGCAAGACCUAUUAAUAAACAAUUAACUAUUAUAGUUAAUGAUAUUUUAGGCCAUGUAAUCAUAUUUUAUUAUUUAAUGGAAAUUAUGAUUGUUAAAUUUUAAAAUAAAAAUGUUUUUAAAAAAUAUUCACUUACCUUUGAUAUUGAAAUAUCCUGAAUUCACUCACAAAUCACAAUAUUCCACAAGAAACUUAUAUAAUCCUUAGAAUUCUUCAAGAAAUAACACACUUUCUGAUACAGUAAUCCAAGAAUUUCUUAAGCUUUUACUAAAGAACAAUCAUAAAAGCUUGUACUUACCUCAAGGAAAUGACUAGAACUUAUUUUAAUUUCUAUCAACAGCCAAAGUUGAUACAUGUUGAUUUGUGAAACAAGAUUACUAAUUUUUUGGUCAUAUUCAAAUGGGACCAAAAUGCAUACAUUGUAUAUGGUAAAAUGAAAAGUAUAAUCGUCAAUUUUAUAUAAAUUAUAUAAAUUAUCAAAUAAUCCCUGUAUUAUUUGUUUAUACUGAUAAAUUUUAAACAAUUCCACAGAAAAUUUGAAAUUAAUAUCUAAAGAAUAUUAUUAUUAUUAUUAUUAAAUUAGGGAAAUUUUGAAAAUUUAUGUUUAAAAAACAUUAAUUAAUUAAUACAAGUAAGCUACGAGUCAGCAUAUUUUAUACAUUUAAUAAGGAAAAUUAUCAAGAUUAAAAAUAUUUUUUUGCGGAAUAUUAACAAAAACUAAAAUUGUAAUUUGUGGCUUUAUUUAGAAGAACUCAUAUUUAACUGUGUUCCCUGAAAAUAUCAUAUUUUUGUCUCAUUUUAUAACAAAGUUAUAGGCACAUAAACAAUAGCAAUAUGAGGGUGAUGAAAUGUGGAGGAAAAUCCCAUAGUGAAAAAGGGGUUUGGAGAUCCUUACUAAAAAAUUCAUAACUUUUGAACCACUUGAGCUAGAAAGUUGAUCUUGGUGUUUUUGUAAACUAUUACAUGGGCUCUAGACAGCUGUAGUAUUUUUAUAUUUUUAAAAAUGUUUUGAAAUUUUAAUCAAAGUGCCUACUUAAGUCUACUAACUUUUUUUGUUUAACUUAACUUUAACUAACUGAACUCUGCUAAACUUUGUGUCUGUAUUUGGCAUCCAGAGAAUCUGGUAAGCUUAGCUAACACCACUCUACUUAAUGAUACUUAAAUACUUAAUCUUGUGUUAGUGCUGUAAAUUGUGUUUAUUAAAUUAUUAAUUAUUUUUUUUAUUAUUAUUAUAGUCUACCUAUCAGGAUUGCUGGCUAUAACUAUUCUAUAUGGCUAUUAGGCCACAAAAAUUAAAAAAAAAAAAAAUUUUGUCUUGAAACUCAGGGGAGUGGCCUUAAGAGGGAGGUCCCUUCCCCUGAAAAUUAAAUUAAAUUAAAUGAAAUCAGUCCAGAGCCAUCAUGUCUCAGUCAUAAAAGUUUUGGAGGCCUCUCCCACUUUUCAGUUUUGUACCUGAAAGGCUGCAUUCAAAAUUGCUGGUCUGCACACCAUAAUAAAAGUAUACAAAAUAAUUAAUAAACCUGGCUUUAGACACUUCAGUCCCUGGUGUAGUUGGAAACUUAUCAACUUAAAUGUUCAAAAAAAAACCCAUGCCAUAAAAACACUGCUUUAGAGCAAGGGUCUUAACCUGUGGUCAACAUAAAAGGUCUCACUUUUGUUCUGUGAGCGGCUUUUAAUCUUAUUUUAGGCAUCUAAAUAAUCUAAAUGUUUUUCUUCACUCUUUGUCUGACAAAAAAAAGUUUGACAAAAAAUUGAAUGAGACUCAGUUGAGAUUGAUACUUCAAUCAUUAGUUUGUGAGCUCCAUGUGUUUAAACAUUUAAUAGAAAAUAUAGCACUAAACAAUCUCGCAGUGAACCCAGCAUUAUCAAAGGUUGAUGCAAAGUGGGUCCCAUCAUCAUGGGGGACUGCAGCAUUAUCAAGAGGGUAUGCAGGGUGGGUCAAAUUACUCAUUUACUAACUAUUAAUCUAGUAAAAAUACUUUUCAAUAAUCUUAAUUUCUUUUGAUCUCUUUAAAACUCGAGGCCACCUCCAGCCCCAGGCGUUGCAAGGCUCAAGCUAUCGCUCUGGUUGAAUUGUGUGCAAAAAUCAGCAAUAGGAUAAUUAAUUUUUUUUUUGUGGGCCAAAUUUUUUUUCAAGAACCUGCCAAGAACCAUGUUUUUUGGAGUCAAACUCAAACCAAUUUGUGGAUGACUGGUUGAGCUGCACUCAGGUCGUUAAAGAGCCAGAUGCGGCUCGUGAGCGUGGUUGUGGUUUGCCGACCACUGUCCUAACCAAUCAAAUUUAUCAAAAGAGAGCAUAUUUAGUUAUGUAUGCUACUUUCUUUUUAAUUGUAGGUCAUUUUGGCACAGAAUUGGGACACAUUAAUUUUUUUUUAGGGUCCAAGUUUCAAAUGAAUUUUUUUUUUAAAUUUCCUUUGCACCUUGUAAGUUAAAUUUUAUAGAAACUUAUAAAAAAAAUUAUUUGAAUAUAUUUCUUUUAAACUUUAUCGAUCGUUAGAUUUUAGUUAUUAUGCAAAUAAUGCCCAGUGAAGAACGGGAAGGUUUAUCUUAAGGACCAACUAUUCACCUUAUGUUGACUGUUGGGACUACACAAGUUACUUCACUGUGCUUAGGUUCUCAGCUAGGUCAUCUGGUUAGUGUUUGGGUUAUCAAGUACAAAUAGGAAAUACUCUUACAAUACAUAAGUAAAAACCAAAUCUUUAUUGUACUCAAAAUCGAUCAUUACCAUUUUAAACAUUGGCUUCUUGCUGGAGCGUGGGUGCACAAAUGGCUGAUCAGGCCAAUUCUGCCAUGAAAUGUUCUGGUGCAGAAGGUGCAGGGGAUAGAUGGAACUAAUCUACAAUAAGUACCUAACAACAAAGUUUUUAUUGUACUUUACAAUAUAUACCCAGACCUGUUUACUCUUAUGAUUUUGGCGUACAAUGUACGAUUUUGAGGUGUAUACACUAUAUAUAAUGUAUGUUUAUUUUUUACUAUUAAGAUAAUGUAUUGAAUGAUAUUGUACGAUUUUAAGAGUUUUAGGGUAAACACGUCUGUAUACCUUACUAAACUAAUCUUUUAUAAACUCUAUAAUAUUUGUGACAUUUUUUUCAAGUAGUGGUUUAAUUAGUUCAUGAUCCAUUACCAGGCACCAGAUGUGGCUCCUCAUGUUUCAGUUUCUGGCUUAUAAGAAUUAGCAAGGUCCAUUAGUAAUCCAUAAGUAGGCUUAUACUUCAUUUCACAUUCUCUUUGAUGGAAACAAGACGGUGAAAGACGGCAAUCAUUUUUAUUUUUACGUCUCAUGAAAAAAUUAUUAUUAUUGACACACCGCUCCCUCUUAAACAGAAGUUUUGACUUGUGUCAAAGUCUGCUAUGUACUGUGACUUGUGUCCAGGAAACAUGUGUAUUGUGAUGUUAAUCCAAGUAUGAUGUGUAUUGUGAAGUUUGCCCAAGUCUCAUGGGUAUUGUGAUGUUUUCCUAAGUCUCAUAUAGAUUGUGUCUUUGGUCAAAGUCUAGUGUGUAUUUUCAAUCAGCAUUUUAGUUGUGUUUAAACCUUAUUCCAAAACUUUUGUAUUCAAGAAAGUCUGCAGUUCAUUUAAAUGAUCUUUUUUAUUUAUCCUUUAAAUAUAUAUGUCACAUCCACAACAACAAAAAUAAAUUGCACCACAUUGGUCACUGUACCACAUUGGUCACUGUACCACAUUGGUCACUGUAUCUUUUUAAAUAUGUUGAUCUUUGAUAAUUGUUUAAGAAAGAAAUAAAAGAAAGAGAAGUUAUAUUUCUUUCAUUACAUUUUUUUCAGGUUUAAAAGCUGUACAUUAAUGAGCAAUUAGCUAAAACGCUAGUCACCUAUCACUGGUGCCAUGUCCUGCAGUUGACAUUGUUUACUUGCUUUUACUUGGUGUUGUACUGCUUGAGCAAAUCUGCUGUAAGAAUGGUGAGCACUUCUGGCAGUGAAGUCACAGGCAACCAGGCAACCAUAGCUGUGAAAACAUUUAUUUCAGGAGGUAAGUGGUGUUCAAAAGUAGAUUGAACUUACAAGAGUGUUAUUAUAGUGAGAUAGGCCUACUAUUUAAAAGUAGAUUGAACUUACUAAAGUGUUAUAAUAGAGAGAUACCAUUCAAAAGUUGAUUUAACUUGCAAUAGUGUUAUUAUAAGGAGAUUCUAUUGAAAAGUACAUCUAAAUUGCGAAAGUGUUAUUAUUUGAAAUUAGUAUUUAAAUCUAUAUCUAUAUUGCUAGUGUUAUUGUAAAUUUAGUAUUUAAAAGUAGCUCUACAUGGCUAGAGUGUUAUUACUGGGAGUUGGCAUUCAAAAGUAUAAGCACUUAAAAAAUAGUUCAACGAGUUCAUCUAGAGGUGAAAAGGCAGGUUAUUCAUUCUUUGGCAUAUUUUUAUCAAUUUGGAUAAUUAUGAUGAAUCAAAGUUUCGUUCUUCAUUUGGGCCACGAGAAUAUUCUCUGGCUCAUAAUCAUGGAAUGAAAUGAUGGGCUAAAAUUGCUAAAAAGUAAUUAUUUUUGUAGGAAUAUUUAUUUGCAUUCUUCAGAUUAAAACAAAAAACAAAAUAAUCACCAGACAGGCUUUUUAUGAUGGUAUCAGCUCUAUCGUUUGACAACUUUCAACAUUAAGGUGAUGAUUGUAUCAGAUCUAGCGUUGGACAACUUUCAACAUCAAGGUGAUGACGGUAUCAGCUCUAGCGGUAGACAACUUUCACCAUUAAGGUGAAUACAUUUUGUAAAUAUCCUCAAAGUAAUGAAGUUAUGCCUAAUCCAUUGUGUGUGUCUUUGCCAGGGUUGGCUGGGAUUUGCGCAAAAACUGCAGUUGCUCCUUUGGAUAGAGUGAAAAUAUUGCUUCAAGCACACAAUCAGCAUUACAAACAUCUUGGUAAGAAAGAUUAUGUUUGUUCUCUGUGUCAUAUUACAUACAAACAGGUUGAUAAAAAAGUUAUGUCCAUUCUGUAUUGUUAUAUAACAAACAUGUUGAUAAAAAAAAUUAUUUUCGACCUUUGUUGUCACAUUACAAAAAUGUUGAUAAAAAAAUUAUGUCCGUUCUGUGCUGUCAUAUUACAAAUGUUAACAUAUCAGUAAAUAACAGAAUAUUUUUUAUGUUUCUCAGAGAAUAAUUAUAUGCAAAGCAAAGUGUGGAUAUCAUAGGAUAUUAUAGGGAGACACUAUUCAAAAGUAGAUCGAAGCACAUGUUCACUCAUUUUUUAUUAUCCAGGUGUAUUUUCAACAGUCAGGCAUGUUGUCAGUAAGGAGGGUUUCAUUGGUCUGUACCAAGGUAAUGGAGUUCAAAUGUUGAGAAUUUUCCCAUAUGCAGCUAUUCAGUUUUUAAGCUAUGAGCACUUCAAAAAGGUGAAUAUAUCAAAUGUACACAACACAUUUUUUUUUAUUCAAUUCAUCGACAAAAGGGUUAUUUAAGCUGCCUUAUUUUUCAAUACCUCACAAUAUUUUUAAAUGAAUGCAAUUAAUAAAAUCAUGUAUCUUAAUUACAAUCAAUACAAUUAUUUGGCUUAUUGUUUCAAUUAACUAAGCCUUUAAUUGUUUCAGAAUCCUGUAUCAUUUACAGGUAAAAUAAUAAAUAAACUCAGUUGUUAUUAUUUGUUAUGUCUCCUUUUAUUUCCAGUUGGCUAAGCAUGUCCCUUUAUUGUCCCAUUCACCAAAUAUAUGCAAGUUGAUAUGCGGCUCAUUGGCAGGUUGGGCUAAUUUUCUUCAUUGAAAAUAAUGCUUAAGAAAUAUGAAGCCCACUCAUGAAGUGGGGCAUAUUAACUAUGUGGAUAGUAUAGCUGAUCAACAACAUAUGAUACUUAUGUGGAUAAUAUAGCUGAUCAACAACAUAUGAUAAUUCUUUAAUUCAUUGAAUAUUUAAUAAAACCAAAGGGAUUUGUUAUCUAUUGAAGCCCACUUCUUCAAGACAUUGUUUUUUUUCAUGUGUAUGGAAUUGUUCUUCUGCUUAAAAUGAAGUAGAGCAUCACCAUAGCCUGUUAAAGCUUUCAAAUAUUUCAAUAAAUAAUUAUAGGUACCUUGAUUUCAAUCUUCAGGUCUUACUGCAGUGAUGAUUACCUACCCUUUAGAUAUGAUAAGAGCCAGAUUAGCUUUUCAGGUGAAAGGGGAGGCCAUAUAUGAUGGGAUUAUUCAUACAAUUAGAUCUAUUCGUCAUCUGGAGGGUGGAACUAGAGGUUUAUACCAGGGCAUUGUUCCCACCAUUCUUGGAAUGGCACCUUAUGCAGGUAGGCAUCUACUCUGUUCAUUUUUGCAAUCCAAUAUCCUGAAGUUGACAAGGGUCUUGUCUGUGUUCUACAAAGAUAUAAGGGUCUAGUUUAUGUUCUUCUCAGAUAUAAGGGUCUAGUCUAUGUUCUUCACAUAUAUAAGGGUCUAGUCUAUGUUCUUCACAGAUAUAAGUGUCUAGUCUAUGUUCUUCACAGAUAUAAAGGUCUAGUCUAUGUUCUUCACAUAUAUAAGGGUCUAGUCUAUGUUCUACACAGAUAUAAGGGCCUAGUCUAUGUUCUACAUAGAUUUAAGGGUCUAGUCUAUGCUCUACACAGAUAUAAGGGUCUUAGUCUUUGUUCUACACAGAUGCCUUAACCCAGGAACUGCCAAAUACAAACAUGAUGUAGUGCAAGACUUAAGUUUCCAAAAUUAUUAUAAAAUAAAUCCAGAGACCUAUUUAAGUAUAGAUAUUCUAAGAAUAAAUUGGACAAGAAAUCAAAUGGUAUGAAUUUUGGAAUUCUGUGAGGUAAAAAAUGAACAUGACCUUGACCUUGAAGCAGUGAGUAAUAUUGAGCUACUAUUUAUUUGACUUCAACUCACACCCAUACUGACUUCUCUUGUUAUCCUCUAAAUAUGUUUUUGGUCAUAGAAAACAAUAUUCUUUCAGUUUAGACAGCUUACAGUUGUUCAGAGGUAUAAAAAUGUAAAAAAAUUAGACAUAAAUUGAUUGGUGACCUACCUAAUUCUUUCUAUAAUACUUAUUAAAUUCAUUACAAACCUAUUCCUCACACCGUGCACUAUUAGAACUUGAACUGCUACUAGUCCUAGCUCCACCAUUGUAAUGAUCACUACCAUAAGUAAUCCCCACAAAAGUAUUUUCAAAAUCACUUACACAAAGAAUAUUCAAAUGGAUUUGGCUUUUGUUUUGCAAGGCCAGCAUCUGAGUCCUACCAGUUUGUAUUAACAAAAAAUCCCAGAUAAUUUCAAAUGAUCAAAACAAAAAAACAUGAACACUUGAAUGAAAGGGCAGUAAAUCUAGAUUACAAGAGUUAUCCUUCAUGAUUCACAUUUACAAGAUUAUUUUUUGGUAGAGGCCGAUAUAUUGGCCAUAACACCACAGCAGCAGCCAUAGAGGCAGUUGAUAGGCCAUUGUGACAGUUUGGGGGUUAAUACUUGUAACAAACUUACUUGGACCAUCUGUCGGCAGUUCUAGCUCUCAUUGCCUUCUGUCUCUCAAACAGGACUCUUGAAUGAUUUUAAUGCCAACACAGUGUCCAAUUGUAUAAAGAUCUUCUUUACUGAAUACUGUAUACCACUCAAUCUAAUGACUUUAUUUCUCAUAUAUUUUCAACAUUAAAAUCUGUAUCCAUUCUAUGAUAGCACAAAUAUGACUGACACAAAGAUGGCUGACACUACUAACUUUUCAACACAUCCGGAGCUCAUGACAGUCAAACUAAUCUCUCCCUAAUCAACACUGAUGAUCUACAAGAAAUCUAACAUGAUUUCUGGGCACUCUCAACACAAACUAACUACUCUCUUGUGAUCAAACUCCAUGUAUCCUCACUCACAAGUUUAUUAUUAUUUCCCUUUCGACCAAUCACAUUGAAAUAUAAGAAUACAAUUAAAAAUUAAUGACUCACGAUUACAAUAAAUCUCACCCUGAACACUGUGGUUUUCAUACCUGGACAGCAAUGUAUUUAUUUUAAACCUUACAAACUUGCAUAAUUUGCAGGUAAACGUCAAUAAUUAUUUACAUUGAUUUAGUUUUUUUAAUAACAAAAUUUGAAACAUUUACAAACCAUUAAAUAAAGGUUGGCAAUUAUCUUAUUCACUAAGCAAGUUAAAACACAGUUUUUCAUGCCUGAAUGUGUUUAAUGUAUGCAAAUGGUAUAUUUUUAUUUGAACCAGGUCUUUCAUUUAGUAGCUUUGAGAUGUUGAAAAACUUUGCCCUGGACACAUUCCCUGACCUACUUGGAAAACCUUGUCCACAGACAACAGGUGGUGUUGUCUUGAUAUUGCCAGCUAAACUUGUCUGUGGUGGGCUGGCAGGAGCCAUAGCACAAACAAUUUCGUAAGUAUGUUUUACAUUUUUAGCUACAGCACAAACAAUUUUUCUAUGGUAGGAGUCUUAGAAAAAACAAUAUUGUGAGUACAUUGUAUGGUAGGAGCCAUAGCAAAGACAAUAUUGUAAGUACAUUGUAUGGUAGGAGCCAUAGGAAAGACAAAUUUGUAAGUACAUUAUACAUUGGUAGCCACAGCACAAAAAAUUUUGUAAUUACAUUAUACGACAGGAGCCACAGCACUAACAAAUUCAUAAAAACAUUUUAUGAGAGAAGGCAUAACACUAACAAUUGUAUAAAUACAUUUUAUGAGAGAAGGCAUAGCACUAACAAUUUCAUAAAUACAUUAUAUGAGAGAAGGCAUAUCGAUAACAAUUUCAUAAAUACAUUAUGUGAGAGGAGGCAUAGCACUAACAAUUUCAUAAAUAUUUUAUAUGACAGAAGCCAUAUCACAAACAAUUUGAUGAGUAUCGGUUCAUUAUAUUCACAUUUUACUCUUCUAUUUCUUAACAAUGCCACACUAUCAAUUAAAAAAAAACGUCUUCAUACAAGCCUUACACUAAACUAACCAACACUGCCCACAAAAUCAUUUGCUGACUCUCUUUACACUCACUCCUGUCAAUUUAUUCUUAUAAUCUUUUUACUCUCACCAUUCAUUUCACUUUUAUAAUCUUUUACACUGUCACCCUUCAUGUCUCUCUUAAAAUCUUUUACUCAGUCACCCUUCAUGUCACUCUUAAAAUCUUUUACUCUGUCGCCCCUCAUGUCACUCUUAAAAUCUUUUACUCUGUCACCCUUCAUGUCACUCUUAAAAUCUUUUACUCUGUCACCCUUCAUGUCACUCUUAAAAUCUUUUACUCUGUCACCCUUCAUGUCACUCUUAUAAUCUUUACACUAUAACCCUUCAUGCUCAUAUUAGUCACUCUUAUAAAUCUUCCAUUAGCCGAUAUGGCUUUAAUUUACCAUUUAAUUAGUAGCAUUGAAUUUUACUUGAGGUCUGUCACAAUAUUGUUUGACUUAAUAAUAGUUUUUAAAGUACUUAAAUUGAUAAACUGUUGCUCAAUGUGAUAUAAAUUUCUAUUUGCUUUUGAUUUCCAAAUCUGAUUGCUUUGUUUAGGUAUCCACUUGAUGUUGUAAGGAGAAAGAUGCAGUUAUCUGGCAUGGUGGUUAAACAACAGGAAGCUGUUAUUCACUAUCCCAGGUUUGUGGUUUGUUACAUGUAUUAUACCGAUAUUGUUUUACAUGUAUUACACCAAUAUUUUUUUACAUGUAUUACGCCGAUAUUGUUUUACAUGUUUUACACCGAUAUUGUUUUACAUGUAUUACACCGAUAUUGUUUUACAUGUAUUACACCGAUAUUGUUUUACAUGUAUUACACAGAUAUUGUUUUACAUGUACUACAAAAACAUUCGAUCAAUGCAGAAAUAUUCAAAUUAUCCCAAAUCAUUAACAUAACUCUCUCAUAUCAUUCUUUUAUCUCCUCAUUCUCUUCUAACCCUAACCUCAUGCUCUUCUAACCCUAACCUCAUGCUCUUCUAACCCUAACCUCAUGCUCUUCUAACCCUAACCUCAUGCUCUUCUAACCCUAACCUCAUGCUCUUCUAACCCUAACCUCAUGCUCUUCUAACCCUAACCUCAUGCUCUUCUAACCCUAACCUCAUGCUCUUCUAACCCUAACCUCAUGCUCUUCUAACCCUAACCUCAUGCUCUUCUAACCCUAACCUCAUGCUCUUCUAACCCUAACCUCAUGCUCUUCUAACCCUAACCUCAUGCUCUUCUAACCCUAACCUCAUGCUCUUCUAACCCUAACCUCAUGCUCUUCUAACCCUAACCUCAUGCUCUUCUGGCCAAUGAUGAUGCCAAAACAAACCUUGGUCAAUUAACGAAAUCACAACCAUUUUUUAUUCUUGCUCAAUUUCUAUAUGUAAUUUCCUAUUAUUAAUUCACAUAUACAAGCAAACAACUAACACACAACAUUUAACAUUAGUUCUAUGUAGUUUCAAGUAGAAGUGUGGGAUUAAUUUUAUGUUGUUACAUAUCCUUUGUCAAUAACAUUUGGUAGGACUAUAGCUGGCAACAUUUGGUAGGAUUAUAGCUGACAACAUUUGGUAGGACUAUGGCUUGCAACUUUUGGUAGGACUACGGCUGGCAACAUUUGGUAGGGGUAUAGCUGGCAACCUUUGGUAGGACUAUGGCUGGCAACAUUUGGUAGGACUAUGGCUGGCAACAUUUGGUAUGACUAUAGCUGGCAACGUUUGGUAGGACUAUGGCUGGCAACAUUUGGUAGGACUAUGGCUGGCAGAAAUCUCCCAAAUUAAAGUGCAAAUAUCUUAUCAUGAAUUAGCAAAGGUCUAUAAUUUAAUAAUUUGUCAGCUGUAUGAGUCUCUUUUUGGGAAUUAACUGCCCACAGUUCCUCUAAUUUAAGAUUACCUGCCUAAAGUUUCUAUAAUUAAUAUCCCACCCCCCCCCCCCCCCCCUAAUUGCUUUUCNCCCACAACACUUUGUCUAAAAUUUAAUUCUAUUAUUUGUUUAUUCUUCUAGAGGUUGGCUCAGGGUCAUGGUUGAUGUCUACCAAGAAAACGGCAUUGUCCGAGGAUUGUAUCGAGGGAUGAGCAUCAACUAUAUUCGCAUUAUGCCCACAGUUGCCAUUUCUUUUGCCACAUAUGAAUCUGCCAAGCAGGCUUUUGGAUUAGACACAGGAGUUGACAGAUGAUGACAAUUGAUGACAGUAGAUAUCAGAUGACAAUAGUUUUGGGAUAAGAUCCUCCAGCAGCAUUCUAAAAAUGUACAAACUUUACACCACACAAUUGGCUGAAUAUCAAAGUUUUAUCAGAUCAAAUAACAAAUUCAUUUCAUGUAGCAUCUCAUGUGGAUGAUGUGUCAACUCAUGUGGAUGAUGCAUCAUAUCAUGUGGAUGAUGCAUCAUCUCAUGUGGAGAGUGUUUCAUUUCAUGUGGACGAUGUCAGUGCAGGUGGAUGAUGAGUCACUAGUAUUUUAAAAAGAUUUUAAAAAUCUACAUAUAACUAAUAAAAUGUUUGAUAGGAAGUUAGCUCCGUUUCUUAAUUAGAGCUUGACAGAUAUCUGGAGACUUGUUUCAACCUGUGAUAAGCAAAUAUUCUCUAUAAAAAAAAGUUAUUAAUCUAAUUUUGUUUGUUCAACAUUUUGAAUCUGUCAUGUUAUGCCUGGGUCAGAUUAUGUCAUAAGCAUUUCUUCUUUCGAACAUAUUUCCAUUUGUUUGGAUCAAUAAAAGAAUCUUAUCUUUUAACACCCCCCCCCCCUGAGAAAAUGUGUACCAUAUUAAAUAAAUCCAUAUAUUCAAUUUAAAGUAUUAACUUGAAAUUUUUAUAGCUCUUUUAAUACAAUUAGUGGAACCAAUACAAUAUCGCUACUCAUCAAUAUAUUUGAUGAUUUUUAACCCAAUUCUAGAGACCUGUACAAUAUUUGGUUGUAAAUACUGUAUUAUUGUUCCAGAAAUAGGCCCCUCCUUAUUUUAAGCCGCACCCCUAGUUCCAGUUGUCAAAUAUGGAUAUUAACUAAGACACUUCAGUCACACACUUGAUUAACUAGACACAUCACUCCUACACUUGAUUAACUAGACACUUCAGUCCCACACUUGAUUAACUAGACACUUCAGUCCUACACUUGAUUAACUAGACACUUCAGUCCCACACUUGAUUAACUAGACUCUUCAGUCCUACACUUGAUUAACUAGACACUUCAGUCCUACACUUGAUUAACUAGACUCAACAGUCCUACACUUGAUUAACUAGACACUUCAGUCCUACACUUGAUUAAAUAGACACAUCAGUCCCACACUUGAUUAACUUGACAGUUCAGUCCCCCAGUUAAUUUAACAAGAUACUUUUGUCCCCAGAAUUAUUCAUAAACUUAUUUUUAUUAUUAAAAAAAUAAUUACAAUUUACAUUAUGAGAUUCAUUCAAUAGAUGUGUACAAGCAAAUAUUAAUGUUAAAUUAUGGGAUUCAUUUAAUAGAUGUCUGCGAUACAUGCAAAUGUUAUUACAUUGUGGGACUCAUUUAAUAGAUGUGUGCGAUACAUGCAAAUGUUAUGUUACAUUAUGGGAUUCAUUCAAUAAAUGUGUACAUGCAGAUUUUAAUGUUACAUUAUGGGAUUCAUUCAAUAAAUGUGUACAUGCAAAUUUUAAUGUUAAAUUAUGGGAUUCAUUCAAUAAAUGUGUACAUGCAAAUGUUAAUGUUAAAUUAUGGGAUUCAUUCAAUAGAUGUGUACAUGCAAAUGUUAAAUAUUAGAUUCAUUCAAUAGAUGUGUACAUGCAAAUGUUAAAGUGGAAUUACUACAUUCAUGCAUGAGCACACGUAAAACUGAUGGUUAUGCCAUGCUUAAGAACGUUACCCAAAAUGUGUUUCAGAAGAGCUUUUCUGGAGAGUCCAAUGCAAUGACGUAUGGCUUUUAUUUCAUGCAGGUUAUCUUCAUCUAAUUUGUUCAACUUGUGGAAGAUUUUAAACAUGAAACAACCCCUAAAAGCAAAAAUUUUUCCUAAUAUAUUAAUAUUCUUAUGACCCACCCUCUUUUACACAGCAGAUUUAUUUCACCAACGAUUUCAGAAAAAGAAAAGAAAAUAUUACGCACCUAACGCACUUGCGAUAUUUUUAAAACUCUCACUAUAGCACAGUGAUCAGGCAUUUUAUUUGGUGCAGCCUGUGGCAUCAUAUUUCCUUCAUCAUCCAUCCCCUUGGAAAACAGAAAAUACUGAUUUUUGGAUGGGCUUGAAACUUUGAUAGAAUGUGUUGUCAUGGCCAAUGAGUGUAUGUGCCAAGUUUCAGCUUGAUAGGGUGAUGGCAGGUGGGUCAGUUAGCCGUCUGAAGAAUUUGCCUCACACCCAGACAGAAAAAAAGAAACACACAAACAAAAGAGAAUUAAAUAAAGUAUUUAAAAAGAUUUCCAUAUUUUGAUUGCAAACCAUGUUAUAUUUUAAUAUCAUGAUAAUUAAGUUGGGUUUGAAGAAUUGUUUGUACAUGUGUUUGUAGAGUUGUCUGAUAUGACAAUGGUUUUGUAAUUUGGUCUUUUAUGUACAUGGAUUUAUAAGUGUGUCUAAUAUGUACACAGAUUUGUAAUUUUGUCUUAUAUGUACAUGGGUUUGUAACAUUGUCUGACAUGUACAUGGGUUUGUUAGGUUGUCUGACAUGUACAUGGGUUUGUUGGGUUGUCUGACAUGUACAUGGGUUUGUUGGCUUUGUCUGGCAUGGGUUUGCAGGGUUGUCUGACAUGUACAUGGGUUUGUUGGGUUGUCUGACAUGUACAUGGGUUUGUUGGGUUGUCUGACAUGUGCAUGGGUUUGCAGGGUUGUCUGAUAUUUUCAUUAGUGUUUGUUUUUUGAUUAAAAAUUCUUCAAAUGUGUACUUUGGUUGUUUUUUUUAAUAUUAAAGAAAGUAAAAUUUAAGAUG